AUGGCGCAGUCUAACUCUCCAGCUCGCAUUGCGUUUGUCACUGGCGCAGCGCAGGGACUGGGUGAAAGCAUUGCUCUUCGGCUGGCGGAUGAUGGGCUCGACGUCGCCAUAAACGAUAUCCCGUCCAAAGUCGAACAACUGAAAGCGGUGGCCACACAGAUUGAAGGGAAGGGAAGACGAGCUCUCGUCUUAACUGGAGAUGUCACCCGCGAGGAAGAUGUUCGAGAUAAUGUAGUUCAGGUUGUAGGUCAACUUGGGGGGCUGGAUGUGAUGAUUGCGAAUGCAGGGAUAGGUAUUCACAAGUCAUUCCUCCAGACUACCACGGAAGAAUGGGAUCGCAUAAUGGCCAUCAAUUUACGAGGCGUCAUGCUCUGCUACAGGUAUGCAGCAUUGCAAAUGAUAAAACAAGGAAGGGGAGGAAGGAUAAUUGGCGCAAGCUCCCAAGCGGGGAAGAAAGGAACGACCAACUUGUCUGCCUAUUGUGCGACGAAGUUCGCCGUGAGAGGUCUCACACAGAGCCUGGCUCUGGAGCUGGCGGAGCACAAUAUUACGGUAAAUGCCUACGCACCAGGUUUUAUCUUAACAUCUCUAGCCUACCAUCCCAACGACGCUGUGAAUGGUCUGAGACCCGGAGGAACAAUCAAGCAACUGUUUGGUUUGCCCUUGGAUUCCCCUGAAGCUCAACCAGAAGUCAUAUCCAGCAUGGUCUCCUAUCUGGCAAAACCAGAAUCAUACUUUAUAACUGGCCAGACAAUCUUGGUAAACGGAGGAACGCUCUUCGACUAG